CAGGACUCCAAUAGAGGAUCUUAUGAGCGACACAACCUUUUGAGCAAGUCCCCGACCAAAGACCAAGCCAACCAUGCAUUGGCUGGCCCAUUUCCAGAUCAUAUUGCUAUGCAUAUGGUUGAUGUGCCCCAGCUCGAGGGCCAUCAAAUGCGACACUUGCGGCAAGGAGUGUGCCAGCGCCUGCGGAACCAAGCAUUUUCGCACCUGCUGUUUUAACUACCUUCGCAAGCGAUCCGACCCGGAUGCACUGCGUCAGAGCUCGGACAGAAGGCUCAUCGACUUCAUCCUGCUGCAAGGACGAGCCCUCUUCACCCAGGAGUUGCGAGAGAGGCGCAACAAUGGCACCUUGAUAGACCUCGGCUUACAGACCUACUACCGCUAAGGACUUCCCCCGAUCCUGAUCCUGAUCCUGAUAUCUGAACUGAUAACGAAACUGGCUUUGAUUUGAACUAAUGACUCAUGUGAUCCGAUGGCAAUGGCGAAAUGGUUGAAAUGUUUGAAAUGUUAAUAAACCAAUAAAGGCACUAACUUCUUUGGGGCA